GUGGCGUGCUACGUCACUCGAGGGGCAACGUCCAAUCAUUGCGCUGGAAAACAUCACGUGUGGAGUUGUUAAGAUGGCGUCUCCGAAUGGAGGUGAAGACUUCGAGUCGUCUCUGCUGAGUUUUGAGAAGCUGGACCGGGCCUCUCCAGACCUGUGGCCAGAGCAGCUGCCAGGAGUUGCUGAGUUCGCUGCGUCCUUUAAAAACCCAAUCACCAACUCUCCUCCUAAAUGGAUGGCGGAGCUGGAGUCUGAAGACAUCGAGAUGCUGAAAGAGUUGGGCAGCCUGACCACAGCAAACCUGAUGGAGAAGGUGAAAGGACUACAGAAUCUGGCUUACCAACUGGGACUGGAGGAGUCUCGAGAGAUGACGAGAGGGAAGUUCCUCAACAUCCUGGAGAGACCCAAGAAGUGACACCAGCGACCAGGAGACACACUCACACACACACACACACACACACACACACACACACACACACACACACACACACACACACACACACACACACACCACAACAACAACCCAUAUUGGUUCAUAAUGCACCCAACGCCACUACAAAGACCACCACUCCACAGUACACACACACACACACACACACACACACACACACACACACACAGUGUUGUUCCUGAUAUCUGCUUCUAUUGGAGUGUGUAGUGUCACAGGGGUCGACUGGGUGUUUUGUGGAACACCACAGCAUCGAUUGGAUACCAAUUGAGCUCAAUUUGAACCUAGACACUCACACACACACACACACACACACACACACACACACACACACACACACACACACACACACACACAAGUGUAGUGUGCCGAUCAGGCGAGUUUGCGUUUGGUGUGUCAUUAAGAGUUCGUAGAUUUCUGUUCUAGCUCUAACGUGGGCUGCUUUUCUCGACUAACUGUGUUAGCUACUUUGCUGUUUUCAAUGCGAUUUCCCAUUGGCGACUACCCAAGUUGCUAACUGGCUGACAGCUAUGUUUCCGAAAAACGCUCCCCAGAGCACAGAACUUUAAUUACAUAUUCUACAUACCUGUAGUGUUGCUCUUUUCCAAGCUUAUUAUUCAGUGUCUGUUAUUUAUUUUCUAUUUUGUUUUUAUGCUGCAAGAUGAAUGACAUUCACAAAAUAUCACAUUUUGUGUCUGAUUGUUAUUAAUAAACGUAUUGGAAAAAAAAAACA